GAUUGCUCGGUUCUAUGACCUUGAAGUUCAGAAAACUUGUGAUCACUUUCUGAGUUUACUUGAGGUAACUGAUUGUACAGCUCAAGGUAUUUUUAGCUCAAUAGUGCAGUUUUUUGACAGGCAUUUAAUUCCUAUGAAAAAUGUUAUCGGCUUUGCCAGCGAUAACGCAAGUGUUAUGAUGGGAGAAAAGGGAGGAGUCAUGGCUCUGCUAAGAAAAGAAAAUCCAUCCCUGUUUGUGCAAGGAUGCGUGUGCCACUCCAUUGCCCUCUGUGCCUCAAAUGCAUGUGGCGAGCUGCCUAAUAGGGUUGAAGAACUAGCUCGGAACAUACAUACCUACAUAAUGAACAGCCCUAAAAGAUUCACAGAAUAUGAGGAAUUUCAGAAAUUCACAGAGGCUCCACUUCAUAGAAUACUGCACCCUAGUUUUACUAGAUGGCUCUCCUUGGAAGAGGUGGUAAAAAGAGUUUUAGAGCAAUGGCCUACACUUAAGCUGUAUUUUACAUCUGCUGCAUUGGAGGAUAAGAUGGCAUCUGCUUCAGCAAUAUUGCAGGAAUUACAUAAUCCUGUUAUAAAAAUGUACUUUUCCUUUUUGGCAUACAUUCUGCCUGCAGUAAAUAAACUAAACCUAGAUUUCCAGGCAACAUCCCUGAGAAUUCAUAAGCUUCGAACAUCUAUCAGUAGCAGUGUCAAGGGCAUCUUAAGUAACUUCAUGAAAGCAGACAAACUAAAAAGCAGUGAUCUGACUCAGAUUAAUGUUCAUGAUCCUUCCAACUAUCUCAGCCUUGGAGAUAUUUACCGCGGAGCAAUAACAGAAAGUAUUUUCCUAGAGCACUCUUCUGAUAUUUCUAACAGAGACUUAGAGCAGUUUCACGUGAAGACACUCAAUUUCUAUGUUGCUCUCUCAAAGCAAAUGCUAAAACGUUUCCUGUCCUCUAAUCUAUUCAACAACUUACAUCUGCUUGAAGCACUUGACCCAUCAAAUGUACAGCAAGGAAAACCAAAGUCUAUCAUACCACUGGCAGUAAAAUUUCCAAAUAUAAUUGAGAAGAGUGCGUAUGAAGAUCUUAACAGAGAGUGGAGAGAAAUAAUUUCAUGUGAACUGCCAGCUCUAAGUGUAGCAUCUGAGGAGCCUGAAAAUUCUGGUAUGCUGCUUCACUAGAAAAGUGUGGUGAUGAGGCAAGAUUUCCGAAUAUCUCUAAGCUUAUGAUGAACCUGAUGUCUCUGCCUCAUUCGUCUGCUGCCGCAGAAAGGAUUUUUCCUCGUUACAAACAUAAAA